ACUUGAACAAGCUGAAGGCAAGUCACUUGUGAUAAACCUCUGCAAUCUCAAAGCAAUUUCUACGGAUUUUCAAUGGAUUUCUGUCCAAGAACUUCCCACCAGAGUGGGACAUGGACUAGAGCUGAACCCCAUACUUGUUCUGAGCCAGUCCUGUCCAACUCUGUGAAGAAAAAUGGCAUGGCAUCUCACUGGAAGCCCCAGUCUGAGCAUCCAUACCAAUAUGUGCAGGCAACAAGGUUUUCUUCCACUGUGAAUGGUAUCCAGCAUGUGGAUACAACCUACCUGUCCACUGUGCCAUCUCAUUGCAUGGAGUCUGUCACCACCACGUCAUCUGAUGACACCACUGCUUGGCUGAGGCAGCUUGGACCCCUCAAGUUUGUGGGGAAUGUGAAUCUGCCUGUUGAGGUUGCUGGUGGUCAGCAGAACAAUAUGGCCCUGAAGCCAGCCCAGAUGCCUGGCGUGAUGAGCCAGGAUGGAGAAAUGGUACCAAUGGUCUAUUCCACCCCCUCCAUGCCUGCAGCUCCCAUGAGCCUUUCCACUGGGGCCUUUGGUGGAGCCCCACCUCCCUCUCAGGCCUCAGGAUAUCAGUACUCUAAAGAGGACCAUCUGAAGAUGAUCAUGCUUCACGGAGAAAUGCUCGCCAAGUACAGGGAGCUAACGUCUCAGGCUGAGAACAUCGAAAAGAUGAUGAUGAUGCAGUCAGAGCACCACAGUGUGAAGAAGACAGAGAACAAACAAGGCAGCAUCUGGGGUGAGGAGUUGAAGGCUCUGGAGGACUUCGUAGGGGACCUGGUUCUUCCUGAUGAUGCCGUUGACAAACUGGAGGCCAUUCCUGGCAUCUUGGAUCUGGCCAGAGAAAUGGGCUUCCCUGAGUGCCUCUUACUGAAAUAACUUUCCAAUUCCACAAGUUUAAUGAUUUCAUAAUUAUUAAGUAUGAAUUAUGUAAUUCUUACUGAUAUAUAAACAUUAUACAUUCUAUAAAUUUACAUUCACAAUUAUAUUAUUCAUAUUAUUAU